AUGCAAAACACAACUGACGAAAGCCCUCUCUAUCUUUUCGACAAGAAGUUCGCUGAGAAGAUGCACAUCAAAGUGGGUCGUGAAGAGGGCGCAGCGUAUUGGAAGCCAGAGUGCUUCGGUCCAGAUCUCUUUGAGCUUCUUGGAGACGAGCGGCCAGCGCACCGAUGGCUGAUCAUUGGCCCCGAGCGCAGCGGCUCAACCUUCCACAAAGACCCCAACGCAACGAGCGCCUGGAACGCAGUUCUGCAGGGCUCCAAAUACUGGAUCAUGUUCCCGCCCUCCGUGUCGGUGCCCGGCGUGUUCGUUUCCAGGGACGCGAGCGAGGUGACGAGCCCCAUCAGCAUAGCCGAGUGGCUGGAGACGUUCCAUGACGAGGCACGGCAGCUGCCUGAGUGUAUCGAGGGCGUCUGCCAUGCGGGGGAGAUCCUGCACGUCCCCAGCGGAUGGUGGCAUCUCGUGGUCAACCUGGAGAGCGGUAUUGCGCUGACUCAGAACUUUGUACCCAAGUCGCCUUCGCUCCACCACCUCUCCGAAGCGUUAUCGUUUCUCCGAGACAAGGCUGACCAGGUGACUGGUUUCGAGCGCGAUGUGAAGGACCCCUACGGGCUGUUUGUGGAGCGGCUGCAGGCAACAUACCCCGAGGCACUCGAGGAGGCGUUGCGCAUCUUGGACAGUAAGGCGGUGCAUAAAAAACGGAAAUGGGAGGAGGCAGUCGGUGCAGGGCCGGCGGAAGCUGAGGGUGGAGGGUUCAGCUUCGGGUUCGGCGGCGAUGACGAUGACGAGAUACCCUGA